AUGGACAAGACAACAACAACAACUACUUCGGAGAGAGAAAUCCACGAUUUCAUGAACGUGGACUCCUUCUCCCAACUCCCUUUCAUCCGCCCCGCUCCUCUUGUUAAAGAAAAGUCGGGCAUUCGUCUCUUUGGUAUAGAAUUCGCCGGCGGGAAUAAUACGGUUGUUUCCACCGACCAGUCUGAAUCUGCCGAAACAACAGCCAACAAUAACCUCAACUCAUUCGACCUUGAUGGUAACAAGGAUGAUACUACUACAGCCACCACCACUGUCACUGUUACUGACACCAACGGCGAAAGCAGUCGCCGGUUUGAGUGCCACUACUGCUGCCGGAACUUCCCCACCUCCCAAGCCCUCGGCGGUCACCAAAACGCGCACAAACGCGAACGCCAACACGCGAAACGCGCGCACCUUCAGUCAACGAUGGUGCACGGAAGCACGUUCUCCGAUGCGCACCAUGUCUACAACCUCAUGAACUACCGCUUCGGUUCCGCUCCAACACCGCCAAUGCCGUAUCCUACGUGGAACAACGCCGCUGCCACCGCUACCAGCACGAGAUUCUACGGAACGACACCGUUUUCCCACAGCCACCACCAGCACCAACAACCCAUUAACGGAAACCCUUUGGCUUUGUGGCGAAUCCCGAGCAACAACCCUAGUUUCAGCCACGAACGGUCGUCGUUGCCGUCUUUGUUCGCGUCGGAGGAAAUAACGAACUUGAGAUCCUCGCAGGUUGUGGGAGCCUCGGGGUCGCAAAACCGCUACGUGUAUGACUCUAAACGUGGAAGUGUGCACGACCAUGUGAGUUUGGAUCUUCAUCUGUAA